AUGUCCGUGCGCCGCGGCCAGCGGCCCGCGCGGCCGGUCACCUGCCUCUCCUGGCUGCUGUGCUGCAGCGCCCUGCUGUCCCCGGCCGCGGGCUACGUGAUCGUGAGCUCGGUGUCUUGGGCCGUCACCAACGAAGUGGACGAGGAGCUGGACAGCGCCUCCACCGAGGAGGCGCUGCCCGCGCUGCUGGAGGACUCGGGCAGCAUCUGGCAGCGCAGCUUCCCGGCCUCGGCUCACAAGGAGGACGCGCACCUGCCGCCCCCGGCUGGCGCCGCCCGCUCCAGGACGCCCCCCGCGCCGCCCGGGAUGUUCUCCUACCGGCGGGAGAGCGGCCCGAGACUGCGCCCCAGCACCGCCCGCUUCCUGGCCCACGCCAGCUCCUGGGGCUGUCUGGCCACCGUGUCCGCCCACGAGAAGAUCCCAGGACUGCCAUUUGGGAACUGCCUGCCCAUCAGCGACGGCCCCUUGAACAACAGCACUGGGAUUCCUUUCUUCUAUGUGACACCCAAGGACCCUGCAGUGGCCGAUCUGAUGAAGAACCCCAUGGCCUCCCUCCUGCUGCCAGAAUCUGAAGGAGAGUUCUGCAGAAAAAAUAUCGUCGACCCGGAAGACCCCCGAUGUGCCCGGUUGACGCUCACUGGCCAGAUGACUGCAGUGUCUCCAGAAGAAGUAGAAUUUGCCAAGCAAGCCAUGUUUUCAAGACACCCAGUUCUGAGGAAGUGGCCUCGUCAGUAUGAAUGGUUCUUUAUGAAGAUGAAGAUAGAACAUAUCUGGCUUCAGAAAUGGUAUGGUGGAGUAUCCGACAUUUCAAGGGAGGAAUACUUCAAGGCAGUUCCAAGAAAGGCCUGAUGCAGUAAGAGGAAAGCGCUCGGUGUUUGCGUGAAAUGAAAAUCUUUUAAGUGCUGCUGCCGACGGCGACUGACCGCUGACUCUUCGUUGCCAGGGUUCGCAGCAGCCCUGUCAUCCUCACAGCAGAACGAGAGAGGGUGGCCAGGGAACCCUGUGCCAGACUGGAUAUUAAAGUGGUCAUUUGCAAACUCCCAAUCCACACAGGUACUCACAUAUAUAGCCUUUGUUCAUAUCGUAUUCACACCCGUCUCACCGACUUGAGAAACAUUGUUGGUUGCCAAAGUGACACGUUGAGACAGUUGCCGUUCCAUUCCUUAGGACAAAAAAAAAAAAAAAAAAAAAAAGAGGUAUGUGCAAUGUGAUUGCACUGUAUCGUGAGAGUGUUUUUGUUGCUUGCUGUGCCCAAAGCAGUCUUGAUUCGAAACUCACUGCAACCAUGAAGGAACUAAGUGCAUCACACGGUCAGUCUUGAGUUUGGGGUGAGCAUGCAGGACUGUUUGUCUCCGGAUUAUCCAUGGCCAUGUACUGAACUGCAGGUGCACUAUGAAGUCACAUUUGCUAGAAUGUAUCAGUUACUUAUGAAGCUUUGGUCACGCUGUAACAUGAAAAUGGCAUAAGAACACAGAGUCUUGUGCGCAGCCCUAUCUGUGUAAGCAGGCCAUGGGAAUACACUAAUGAGGUGGGACAGCCUCAGCAACAAGCUCUCCAGACCCCCACUGCUAGUGCUUCUGACAGAGGGUUCCCUUCUCUCAGGCAUGAGGUGUGGCAUCCAAAAUAAGAAGUGUCUCGUUCUGUGGUAUGUGGAGAGGAGAGGGGAGAGGCUGAAGAGGGGAAGGAAACAGGACAAAGUGUAAGAAGAGGAAGCAAAGAAGUCAGUAAUUGAAGGCACACUCCCUGCCCAGCUUUAGACCAGGCCCUUGGCAAGAUCAUCUCAUUUAAGCCUUAUAACCAGUGAGAUUCACAUCAUCAUUGCUACUUACAGAUGAGAAAACUGAGGCUCAGAGAGGCUAGGUCCAUGCCCCAAGACCUGACUCCAGAACUCACUGCGUACGAUGGAUAGAGUGGUACUUAGAUCAUUUCCAAUCUUGAGAAAAAGACAAGAGAGUUACUGAAAUGCACAGGUACUCAUUGAAUCGGCAAAAUCAGUAAAGCGAUGACUAGCCUGCCUAUGAUGAUUUGUCACUGUUAACUACCAAAACAAACAAAAAUUCAUCUCUGAAAUUUGGUUGUUACUACAGAUUUAAAAUGUUUCUACAAAUUAUGUGCAGGAGCUCCUGGUUUUUCAAGAAACUACAUUGUACCUGAGUACACAUCUAAGGCCUCUAAGGACCUAUGUGUAUAUAUCCAAGACCUCUUAUAUUGAAGUCUAUAAAGCAUCAAGCAGUACCCCAUUUUCUGUCUUUUCAUAAUGGCCAUAAACCCUCUCUGGUGGGUUAGGUACAUCGUAUAACAUAAAAACGCAACACUAUAUAU